AUGAAUGACGACAAACUGCGAAGUCUGUUCGCUUCGCUCGCCACUCUCACGCAGCAGGGACCGAUUCCUGGUGAGCAUCUGGGUUGAAACAUAAAAGAAAUUAUCUUGAUGGGGAAGAAUUCAGUGCAAGCAUACAGUAUGCUCGCAGGACAGCACAACACGGAAGUGCUCGCGGAGCACAUGAGACUGAGGUGGCUGGCGGACGGACGGUUCGGACCUCUGGCAGCCAACAUCCUCAUGCACAUCCAUAAGGUUCCGCACGGAAUACGUUUGCAUCCAUGAUUAUCUAUACUUCCAGGCAGACACAAAGGACAUCUCGCUCUCUUCGAACGUGCUCGCUCUGCUGCUUAAUGACUACCGCAACCGGCUUUCCGUUCGCAAUGACUCUCGACUCAUGUUCCGGAACAGUGUCAAAACGCUGUUUUCGUGAGUGUUUCAUGCAGUAGAAAUGACCUUGAUCGUUCUUCAGAAUGUACCCCGUCUACGUCAAAAUGGACGAAUGCGUCUCGAAAUGUUUCAUAAAACCAAUGUUCUCCUCACUCGACGCACUUAUUGACGAUGGGCCCGACACGGAAGAUUUGGAGGUUAGCAUCAAAAGAAACUCAUCUGAAUCUUGGCCAUUUCCAGACGGCCGGAGUGCUCCUUUGCGAGAACGGAAGGGUUCUUCACGACCUCAAUUCAUACCUUGUCGAACGGCUGAUAGUGAAACUGCGCCACAAACUGAUAACCGAGGACACAGUAGUCACGAAGCACGUUCGUCAGAUGUUCCUCCACGUGAGAACACCUUCUACAGCUUUCCAAAUGCUCACUCUCAACACUUACAGGUCUACGAUCUCUGGGCUUUCGGGUGGAGUGAGAUCAACAUCCCCGAAUGUCUUCUGACGUUGAGUACGGAGGGAAAACUCUCUUUGGACGGACAGGCACCUCUUCGGAAGAACGAUAUCAGCAAACCAGACUUCGGAAGCAAAGAGAGCAUUAUCUGA